AUGGCAAGGGUCUGGAAGGUACUCGUGCUGGUGGUAGGCUUGGCAGCGGUGGCCUGUUUGGCCCAGAGCCGUCUGAGCUAUGAGGAGAUUGUCAACCUGGCCUUGCGGUUCUUCAAUCAGGGGCGACGAGGACAGCCCAUCUUCGGCCUGCUGGAAGCCAUCCCACCACCUAGCUCAAAUUUCACCAGCAAGAUCCCGCUCAACUUCAGGAUUAAAGAGACGGUGUGCGUUUUAGACCGGCUGAGACGGCCCCAAGACUGUGCCUUCAGGGAGGACGGAGAGGAGCGGACCUGCAUCGGCAGCUUCUUCAUGCUGAGGCGUUUCCGCGUCCUGACCGUCGACUGCGUCCCGGACCGUAAGCAGGAGCAGGAGCAGGAGCAGGAGGGCUCCCGGGUGAGGCGUUCUGCUCAGUCUCCUGAGGCAGCCACUGAGGAGAUUGACAGCUCCAAGCUGCCACCUGCGGUCAGGGACGCGUACGAGAAAGCCAAGUACGACAUCAUCAGCAACAUCCUGGCUAAUUUCUAGGGCCGGAGGAGGGAGAGGAGCCCCUGCAUCCCCACUACAACCUCCUCUUCCCGCCCAUCCACUCCCUCUGCUGCACUCAACACCUCCUUUCCUUCACAGCCUGAGCCCAUCCACAUGCCUCUGCCUUUGCACACCUAUUUCCUUCUGCCUGGAAUUCCUGCCCAUCCUGUGUCUGUAAAUCCUAUUCAUUCUUCAAGACAUAGCUCCAAAGUCACCUCCUCCAGGAAGCCUCCCAGUUCUCCCCCCACGCAGAAGUGUCCUUCCCUCAUCUGUGCAUUCACAAUCCUCAAACCAUGCUGGCAUUACCUGCUGUGCCCUGGCCAGAUAGCUCUGUCUACUCACAAUUGGGCCCUCCUGAACCAGCUGCAGUUGGCUGUGGAAUGAGUUUCUCAACGAGAUGCUUCUGGAAUCCUUGGAGGGCAGUUGCUUUUGUGCAGGACCCUGAGCAUCCUUGCUCCUUGCCCAGUCACUGUGACAACUAAAUGUCUCUUCACAUAUCCCAGCACCUCCAAAGAGGUCAGUCCACCCUCUGGUGAGACCCACAGGGGAGAGGCUCAAUAAAACAUUUCUGAAAUAAA